AUGGAGUCUUACGCUCUCCAGAACUUUCCCCCGGCACACUCCGCCAUCCACGUCGCCCUAUUCCACAAUGUCACAAACGCCCCGCAGAUAAGACAGCGCCUGAUAAAAGCUUCGCAAUAUCCCCCAGGAGAAGAAGGAGAUAAAGCUAGAGCAGAUGUUGAUUUCGGCUUUGUUGAGGGCGACUUGCUGGUGUCCAAGGAACACUUGCUUUCUGCUGUCCUUGCCACGCUACUCUAUGCCUAUCCUUCUACUUCUCCAGCCCCUACCGACCCACCUUCGCUCUCCUCCCCCGACAUAUCCUCUCUCUCUUUGAAUAGCGAACAAGAUCGGGUACCAAAGACCCGUUCGCAUAAUCUUCACUCUGAAAUCCUUCUUUUGCUUUCUCCCAACAACAAUAUAUCAGAUUCCAUCAGACGGCACGGGUUAUCGGAAAAGACUACGAGGCUGGCUGUGGUCAAGUUUGGAAAGAGGGGACAAUCGUCGGAAGAAAUAUGGAAGGCGAUGGAGGACGUUGUGGAAGGGGAGUUGGUGGGGCUGGAACGAGUCGGCGAAGGUGUAGAUUGGGCCAAGGUCGACAAGGUCUACAAGCUGUCCGAGUUGAACGCUCUCAAAACACCCGAUGUGAUAGAGAAGAAGAAGGCAGCGGUGGUGAGCACCGUUGCCGUUAAGAAUGUAAUCUAG